AAACUAUUCAUUUCAAACUAAAUGGUGACGGGGUGAAGUCAAUUAGUGCAAACAAAAUGACAGAUGGAAAGAAAGAAAAAGAUUUCGAAGUGGAAGUGUCGGAAAGAAAAACGUACGGACUUGGCAUCCGCCAUUUGCAGAUGGUCAGCAUGUCACUGACCAUGAUUGCAUUGUUCAUGGCGCGGGGCAGCAUGGGAGUGGCUGUAUUAGCCAUGUCUGAUGGAAACAGGAAGAACGACACCAAUGUUACGAUAUAUGACUGGGAUAAACGAACGCAGAGUGUGAUUCUGUCGUCCUUCUUCUGGGGCUAUGUCGUGAUGCAGAUGCCGGCUGGCAUUAUCGCCAAGAAGUUUGGAGGGAAGCCCAUCAUUCUGGUGUCUUUGGUAGCUAACGGCACCAUCUGUCUCUUGAUUCCUACUCUUGCUGCUUUGGGUGGUUGGCCGUUAGUCUGCGCUUCCAGAGUGGUGAUGGGUCUGACUCAAGCUUGCCUGUAUCCUGGAAGCCACACUUUGCUUGGACAGUGGCUACCGCCCAAAGAGCAGACUUCUUACACCGGCAUCGUUUAUGGAGGUGUCCAAGUAGGCACAAUUCUGACCAUGCCUAUCUCAGGGUUCCUUGCGGAGACGGCUCUCGGUUGGAAGACCAUCUUCUAUACCAUGUCCGCGGUUCUGUACACCACUGCUACCUUUUGGUACUUCUUCGCUGCCAGCUCACCCAAAAGCCAUCGCAUGAUCAGCCAAGAAGAAAGAUUGUACAUUGAAUCUGGGCUUAACCCUACUUCCAAGAAAAACAUUAAAAUUCCUUGGAAAGCGAUACUGAAAACAAAAUCUGUGUAUGCGAUCUUAGUUCCACAAGUGGGCUACUCCAUGAGCUUCGUGUUGUUUUUCGUUGAUCUACCGACUUACAUUGAAAAGGGACUGCAGAUUUCAUUGAAAAAUAGUGCAAUAUUGUCAGCAUUACCGUACUUGGGCAUGUUGUGCGGAGGUAUACUUUCAUCGAUCAUUGCUCAGAAAAUGCUUAACUUGGGAUGGCAUUCAAAAAUUUUCUCACGGAAACUUUUUACUUCUGUGGCAUUAUUCGGAGUGGCUAGCGGACUGAUCACACUGUCCUUCAUGGGACCGGAGAACAGAAUAGCAGCGGUUGCCACCUUGAUCACGACACUCACAUUGAGCGGGGCCGCUACAGCUGGCCAUACUGUGAAUCAGCUGGACAUAUCACCCAACUACGCGGGCGUAUUGAUGGGUUUCUUGAAUUUCGUGGCUAAUAUUGGCUGUGUGUGCGUACCUCUGAUCACUGGACUCAUUUUAGGGAAGGAUUCUAUAGACGUGAGUCGCUGGAGGAUUGUGUUCCUCCUCCAUGCUGGAAUCAGCAUCACGUCAAACAUUAUCUUCAUGAUCUUCGGCAGCUCGGAGAGGCAAGCCUGGGACGACCCUGACUAUUUGGACAAGGUCAAGGCUGAUCUAGAAGAGACACAGCCUGCGCUGGCGAACAAAGAGAAAGAAGCAGAGGAAUAUUUGAUAACAUCAAAUAUAGAGAUUCAUUUGAAGUUAUUUGGAGAGAACGCUGAUGGCGUGAAGUCUCAUCCUGAAUUAAAAAUGACUAACGAAAAACAAGUAGAAUGUUUAGAAAAAUAUGGCUUGGAAGGAAAAACAUAUGGGAUCGGGAUUCGCCAUUUGCAGAUGUUCAGUAUGUCACUGACCAUAGUUGCAUUGUUCAUGGCGCGGGGCAGCAUGGGAGUGGCUGUAUUAGCCAUGUCUGAUGGAAACAGGAAGAACGACACCAAUGUUACGAUAUAUGACUGGGAUAAAAGAACGCAGAGUUUGAUUCUGUCCUCAUUCUUCUGGGGCUAUGUCGUGAUGCAAGUUCCUGCUGGCAUCAUAGCCAAGAAAUUUGGAGGGAAGCCUAUAUUAUUAUUUGCAUUGCUGGCCAACGGCACUAUCUGUCUUCUCAUUCCUACACUAGCCUCUUUGGGUGGCUGGCCACUUGUGUGUGCUUCGAGAGUGAUGAUGGGACUCACUCAAGCAUGCUUGUUUCCUGGCAGUCACACUCUGCUUGGUCAAUGGCUACCACCAAAGGAACAAACUUCAUUCACUGGCGUUGUAUAUGGAGGAGUGCAAAUUGGCACGAUCCUGACGAUGCCAAUAUCAGGGUUCCUCUCCGAAACAGCACUUGGCUGGAAGAUGAUCUUCUACACAUUGUCUGGUGUCCUCUACGUGACCGCAGCCUUCUGGUACUGGUUUGCUGCUAGUGCUCCUAAGUUCCAUCGUAUGAUCAGUGUAGAGGAGCGUUUUUACAUUGAGUCUGGAUUGAAUUCUGGAGGAUGUAAGAAAAACGUUAAGACACCAUGGAAGGCGAUUUUAAAGACAAGAGCAUUAUGGGCAGUCUUAGCACCACAUAUUGGCUUCGCCAUGGGAUUUGUCCUUUUUUUCGUAGAUCUACCAACAUAUUUAGAAAAAGGCCUGCAGAUAUCAUUAAAAAACAGUGCCUUAUUGUCGGCGUUGCCGUAUGCUGGAAUGUGGUGCAGUAGUAUCGUAUCGUCAAUCGUCGCUGAGAAAAUGAUCAACUUGGGGUGGCAUUCCAAGAUAUUCUCUCGAAAACUCUUCACUUCAAUAGCUUUUUACGGACUCGCUGGCGGAUUAAUCACCCUUUCGUUUUUCGGACCUGAAAACCGAAACACAGCUAUAGCAGUGUUAAUAUCAUCUCUUUCUAUAAGCGGUGCAGCAUCGGCAGGGCACAUGGUAAACCAACUGGACAUUUCCCCAAACUACGCUGGCUUACUAUUGGCUUUUACGAAUUUCAUCGCAAACAUCUUUACUAUAAUGGUGCCUAUUAUCACUGGACUUAUUUUGGGAAAAGAUUCUAUGGACGUGAGCCGCUGGCGAAUUGUAUUCCUUCUUCACGCAGGAAUCAGUAUCACGUCGAAUACAGUUUUCAUGAUCUUCGGCAGCGCUGACAGACAAGCCUGGGAUGAUCCUGACUUUAUUGACAAGAUUAAGGCUGACCCCGAGGAAUCAAAGCCGGUGCUGUCGAAGGGAGAUAAAGAGGCAGAGCCAAACAAAGUAAGCUGAGACAACUAAUGAUAUCUGAUAAUUUUGUAAAUAUUAUUAAUAAAUAGACUACUUUAAUAUUUUC